AUGAGUCUCUGGACGGAGAAAAAAUUUGCCGACCUUGGCCUGAGCUACUGGAUCACACGGCAAACCGAAAAACUUGGACUUCGAAGACCGACACCAAUUCAGGUCGAAUGUAUCCCACGUAUUCUUGAAGGACAGGACUGUAUCGGUGCGGCUAAAACGGGUUCGGGGAAAACUUUUGCCUUUGCCUUACCUAUCUUACAGAAGCUUAGCGAAGAACCUACCGCCAAUUUUGCCCUCGUGCUCACACCGACCCAUGAGUUGGCGCAUCAGAUAGCGGAGCAGUUCAUCGUUGCCGGACAGCCGAUGAAUGCACGUGUUUGCGUCGUGACGGGUGGAACCGAUCAUUUACUUGAGAGCCAGCAACUACAGAAACGGCCACACAUAGUCGUCGCCAUGCCCGGCCGGUUAGCUGACCAUUUGACCGGCUGCAAUACAUACUCGUUUGCAGCGCUUCAGUUUCUAGUGGUCGAUGAAGCGGAUCGGAUGCUUUCCGGAAGCUUCGAUGAUGACCUGAAGGUGAUCAAUCGCUUUCUGCCGCAGAAACGGCAAAAUUUGUUUUUCUCCGCUACGCUCAAGGAUUUCCUCAAAACGUCGAUUGUGUUUCCAAUCGCGAACGAUGUAUUCGAGUGGUCCGAACAGUCGCAUGUAGCCACGGUGGAGACACUGGAUCAGCGGUAUUUACUGUGCGCCGAUUACGAUCGUGACACGGUUCUGGUAGAAGCCUUGCGCAAAUACAAAGAAGAGAACGAGGAUGCCAGCAUAAUGAUAUUCACCAACUCGAAGAAAGACUGCCAGAUUCUGUCGGUGUCGCUGAACUCGUUCGGAUUCGAUAACGUGUGCUUGCAUGGGUUCCUCCGGCAGAAGGAACGCGUGACGGCUCUCAACAAAUUCAAAUCAAAGCACGUGCGAAUUAUGAUCGCAACGGACGUGGCCAGCCGUGGACUGGAUAUCCACGACGUACAAUUGGUGCUGAACCAUCGGCUUCCCAAGCGCCCGAUCGAGUACAUUCAUCGUGUUGGUCGGACAGCACGUGCCGGGCGAUCCGGAAUGGCAAUAUCGAUCCUCCGAUUUCCAAGAGACUUAGAGGCGCUGGGAGAGAUUGAAGCUCUCAUUAACACGAGGCUUACAGAGUACCAGGUGGACGACCGGCUCGUCCAGCGAAUAUUCAUGCAGGUGAAGGUGGCUCGGGCAGAGGCAGAGAUGAAUUUAGACAACAAGGACUUCGAUGAGCGUCAGCACAAAUAUCGUCGCUUGCGAUGGAUACAGGAAGGUCUCGAUCCGGACGUUAUGGAAGCAAAGUGGAAGGAGGAAACAAAAGCCCGUGAGGAGGCGCGACGAGAGCGCUUACGACAGGAAAAUGAAGAACGCCGGCGACGCGAUAAACAGAUGAUCAAUGACCCGCAGGUGGUGAAUGAUUCGCGUUUUCAAGCCGCCGCAUCCGACGGGAAGUUUAAGAAACGGAAAUUCGUCGCUCAGGACAAGCUGAACGAACUGAUAGAGAAACGCAAAACAGAAUCUGCUGAUAAAACGGCAGGGAAGAGAAAAGACAAGAAACCCGUCAAAAAGAAAUCAAAACUGACACAAUAA